AUGGGAGACUCAUCCAAGCCUGCCCCAACCCGAAAGACUGAGCGUUCCCACGAAGAAAACCAAGAGCGAGCGUAUAUUGCUGCCUCAAGGAGAUCGGAUCGAAGUCUUGAAGCCCGUGUUCAGUCGGCCAAGAUGGCCAGCGAAAUCCACAAGAAACGAACUGGCAAGGCCUUCCGAAUCACAGAGGAGAUCGUUAUGAAGGAGGAGAUGUACGAGGAAGAGGAUGAUGAAUUCCCUCGAUCAUACCGGAUUCUCAGGCAGAGCAUGCAAACCGACAACCCCGCUUUCAAUGCUAGGGUGGACGCAUAUCUCAUUAACCGUGUGGCCAUGUCACAAAUGAUCUCGGCCACUGAGAGCGACUGGCGCAAUAACGAAAUCAAUAUGGAAUUCGCGAGGAUGUUUCCUCAAGCUGAGCAACAAGCCCAAUCUCUUUCCCAAAGAUACUCCACGCCAGGCUACUCAGGGUUUCACACACAAAACAACACCAUCUCGUCCCCCAUGGAGCAGCAUUUUGAACCAAACUUCCAGCCUAUCAACUAUGGCCCACCGUUUAGCAAUAGACAAGGCGGCAAUCGAAGCCUUUCCAUGUCAGGCCCUAUUUCAGAGCCAAGGAGCGACACGGCCAUGUCGCCCUCAGCUCUCACACCAGGUUUAGGGUCUCAUCCGGAGACGCCGCAACCUCAUUGCACAGCAUCUUUUGCAAACGUACAGCCGCCUCACAUGAUGGAAUAUGAUCCAGACAGCUCGGCUUUCACUUCAGCCCUACCAACUGAGGCCAGGCUGUUGAUGGGUGAGGGCAUGAACGAGACCUUCAGCUCUAACCUUUAUUCUGAACCUCACAACUGGGGGGCUUCCCAAUCUUAUCCUUACGGCGGCGAGUCCAAGUAUGUUAAAGAGGAAGACGUCGGUCUCGGCAUCCCUGCCGAUAGUUACCCUGAGCUAUCAUGGGAUCGCUUCGAUAGCGGCACACCCACCAAAACCUUCGGCGACCAAGAGCCUGCAUGGGAUUCUUUUCUCAACGAGAAUUGGGGCAAUGAGCAGCAGCAGCAAUAA